UCUCCCCCCGGAGCCGCCGCCGCCCUCCGGCUCCGCAGCAGCGCCCGCGGCGCCGCCGCCUCUGCAGGCUGACUCAUCAGUAGAAAUUGGGAAGAGCUGCAGAAGAGAAGCCAAACAGACAAGCUGAUAACUCAAAGAAAUACUCUUUUGAGUUGGAGGUUCAGAGUGGAGCCAUCAUGAGCGAUGUUACCAUUGUGAAGGAAGGCUGGGUUCAGAAGAGGGGAGAAUAUAUAAAAAACUGGCGGCCAAGAUAUUUCCUGUUAAAGACAGAUGGCUCUUUCAUAGGCUAUAAGGAGAAGCCCCAGGAUGUGGAUCUGCCAUAUCCACUUAACAACUUUUCAGUGGCAAAAUGUCAGCUAAUGAAAACAGAGCGACCAAAGCCAAACACAUUCAUUAUCAGAUGUCUUCAAUGGACCACUGUCAUAGAGAGAACAUUCCACGUAGACACUCCAGAGGAACGGGAAGAAUGGACAGAAGCAAUCCAGGCUGUAGCAGACAGACUUCAGAGACAAGAAGAGGAGAGGAUGAACUGUAGUCCAACUUCACAGAUAGACAAUAUAGGAGAAGAAGAGAUGGAUGCUUCAACAACUCAUCAUAAAAGAAAGACAAUGAAUGAUUUUGACUAUUUAAAGCUACUGGGCAAAGGCACGUUUGGCAAAGUGAUCCUGGUCCGAGAGAAGGCCAGUGGGAAAUACUAUGCUAUGAAGAUUUUGAAAAAAGAGGUCAUUAUUGCAAAGGAUGAAGUGGCUCAUACACUUACAGAAAGCAGAGUAUUAAAAAACACCAGGCACCCUUUUUUAACAUCCUUGAAAUAUUCCUUCCAGACAAAGGAUCGUUUGUGUUUUGUGAUGGAGUAUGUUAACGGAGGAGAGCUGUUUUUCCAUUUGUCGAGAGAGCGGGUGUUCUCAGAGGACCGCACACGCUUCUAUGGUGCAGAAAUUGUCUCUGCCCUGGACUAUCUGCAUUCUGGGAAGAUUGUGUACCGUGAUCUCAAGUUAGAAAAUCUAAUGUUGGAUAAAGACGGACACAUAAAAAUUACAGAUUUUGGACUUUGCAAAGAAGGAAUCACAGACGCAGCGACUAUGAAAACAUUCUGUGGUACUCCAGAAUACCUGGCACCUGAGGUGUUGGAAGAUAAUGACUAUGGUCGUGCAGUGGACUGGUGGGGCUUAGGAGUUGUCAUGUAUGAAAUGAUGUGUGGAAGAUUACCAUUCUACAACCAAGAUCAUGAGAAACUGUUUGAACUGAUACUAAUGGAGGACAUAAAAUUUCCUCGAACACUGUCUGCAGAUGCAAAGUCAUUACUAUCAGGCCUGCUGAUAAAGGAUCCAAAUAAGCGACUCGGUGGAGGCCCAGAUGAUGCAAAAGAAAUCAUGCGUCACAGUUUCUUUGCUGGAGUAAACUGGCAAGAUGUAUAUGAUAAAAAGCUUGUACCUCCUUUUAAACCUCAAGUGACAUCUGAGACAGACACCAGGUAUUUUGAUGAAGAAUUUACAGCUCAGACUAUUACAAUAACACCGCCUGAAAAAUAUGACGAGGAUGGGAUGGACUGCAUGGACAAUGAGCGGCGGCCGCAUUUCCCUCAGUUUUCCUACUCUGCAAGUGGACGAGAAUGACUUUUUUGUUCUGCUGCUUCACUGUCAUCUUAGAUUUAUCACUGAAAAUGAUUCCUGAACAUCACCACCAGUACUAGAUACUAUUUAAGAUAGCAGGGGCACUUUCAGAGACCAUUCCAAAUUGAACAAGUUUCUUUCCCAAACCUACCUAAAAUCCAUUUUGGUUUUGCAUGAAAUAGGAGUUUUUUCUCCACUAUGCUCUCCUGCUGUUGCUGCUGCCCACAGCCUCAGUACAAUAGCAGCAUCGAGAAGUUACUAACAGUUUUUUGAAGGUAGAUGACUUGGCCUCAGCAUUGUACACUCUGUGCACAAGUAGUCAUCUAUUAUUCCUCACACUGGAGGCUAAAGAAAAAAUGUGUUGGUCCAGCUUAUCUUCUUCCAGAAGAUGAAUCAAAAUCGUAAUUGAUCUAAAAAGAUGUCAGUAACAUUUUCUUGCAUCUGUUUGUGCUGGUUAGAACAAGGAAACUUAGGGGUGGUGAUGUACAUAUGCAAGGUUUUUGUUAGGCAUAUCAUUACUUGAAGCAGAUCUCUGUCAUUAACAUCUGGCAGGAAUUUGUGUGGGAAACGUUUGAGAGAAGGACUUAAACUGUUGAUAUAUAUAAAUAUAUAUAUAUAUUAUUUUUUAAUUACUGUUGGAUACUACAGAAGAAGCAGAAGGGCUGGGCUCACCCAGCCUGCCACUUAGAACUUCCAGGUUCAUGUGCAAUCAUGGAGAAUCGAACAUUAUACAUGCAAGAAAUGAAGGCAUAAAAGCAGCAGCUGAAGUUAUUUAAGGGGUCUUAUAAUUUGCACCAGAUAACAUCUUUCUCAUGCUUUUCUUUUUCUUUCAUGGUAUACAUCACCUCUGAUGGCUGAAGAAUGUAGACAGGCAUAAUGGUAUUGCUUUUCACCAAAAUGUGUGCACCAGGGUAAACAGGUGUUUGCCUUACUUGUUUAUAUUUUGAGUUUGUGAAUUAGCUUUUUCUCCAGGUGUUUAACUCUGAAUAUUCUUUUUUUGUUGGGGUUUUUUUUUUUUGUUAUACUGCAGUAGUAUUUAUUUUUAGAGAUAAGGAUUGUAUGUGUCAUGUUUGCAAAUGCUGCUACAUCUUAGAUAGAACAGGCUUAUAGCAGUUAAUUUUGUAAUAUAUGGAAGGACUGUACAAGCUGAAGGGAAUAAUGCACUUUUCUCCCUUGUGGAAACAAGGCUCUGAAAUUGUACAUACUGCUUAGAAUCAGAUUUUUGUGAAAGAAAUACUGUUUUUUAAUUUUUUGGCAGCGAAGGUGAGAAAUUCCAGCUUCAUAUGCCAAAGGGUUAAAAAAAGGAAAAAAAAAAAAAGCCACAUCAUGUGCUCCAUUGAGGAUAAAUGUAAUAUAAGAGCCCAAAAAAGAAAAUUUUUCUGUUCUGUAUGAAGGAAUUGCAUUUGAACAACAAGACCACAGUGAUUACAAGAAAAGCACUUUAUUUUAAUAAUUAAAGUAGUAAAUUUCUGGGAUCAGCCAUUCUCCAGAAAGGUUUUCCCAAAACCAAAAGAGUCCCAAACCCCCAGCAUGUUACAUGUAACCGUGGUACCUGAUUGACCGAAUUUAAAAACAUCCCAAGAAAUGCUCCCCUGAUGGGAAAACAUCUUUCUGUUUCCGAAGAUCUGUAUCUAACAGCACAUGUGCAUAAACUUGAGCUUUGGUCUUCAGCAAUGAUAAUCUUAAUAAUAAACCCUUUGGUGCUAGGAGUCGGGACGUCGCGCGGCGCAGCGAGAGCGCGCUGAGCGUUCCCAAGGUUUUCCCUUUGGGAAAAGCCCCGACUCCAUGGGAUUAUCAUGCGAAGUCUCUCUGCGUUCGGAUCUCGUGAGCUCCCACGAAGACUGUGACAUCGCAGAGCGUUGCUGGUUGUGUGGUGUGAGUGAGUAGCUGAGUCUGGAAGGAGAGGCGUUCCUACUCGAGAUGCCUUCGCCUCUUGACCUGGAAAGUCGCGUGCCCGAGCAUGAAGCCCACUGCUGGCAGUGCCUGUGCUGGGACCGUCAAGGGGUAGGUGGGCAUUUUAUAGCAAGGCAGCUAAAGACACAGACUAAUUUAGACAAUUUUUCCUGUUUCGUGUUUUAUCUUUAGUAACAGAUGGAUAAUCAGAAAUCCGGUGUGCAUUCUAACUACACAGGAGGGCAUUCUGUCACCUUGUAACACUACACACAAGUAGAGCUUUGCCUCUCUGCAGAGGGAGGAGCACAGCAAACACCUUGCAGGUCUGUCCUGCACUGCUAGUGUAGAGGUGUCCGCACUGACACCGACAGUGAGUGACUGAGUACUUCAUAGAUGGGCAUUAAUUAGUUCUCUGCAAAGGCCUUGUACUUACAGACUAAAACUAUAGUGAUUGAAAAAUCUGUGUUGUAUGCCUGUGCUUUUUCCCCCAUGUUUUCAGCUUGUAGCAAUAAGUUUCUUGACACAGGGCACCUCUAGCUCAGGGCCAGCUGGCGCUGUGCCUCUGGUCAGCCGUCCCCGCGGGCAGCAGCAGCCCUGUGGUCAGCUCUGUCACGUGGCUGCUUAGAGCAGGGUUUGCAGUGAACACCUGUCAGUGGAUUAUCAGAGAACAUUUUAAGACUUUGCAUUGUAUUGCCUGCCUUCCAAAACUUCAUUGAUCAGGUUCAUGCUACAGAGAGAAUCAGUGGCUGCUUGGCGCUGCCUGGGGUCGGGGGAUUCUCUCUCUUUUCCCAGUGUUAGAAACAGCUGAGAGACAACUGGGCAAGUGGUGCCGAGAGGAACUUUUGAAGCUGCUCUUUUGCUGUUUGCAGUUGUGUUUGGGUUGGGACAGGAGGUGGUGGCUGGUGCCUUGGUGAGCCUUUCGAGCACAGUACAUUUCAGACUUCAACUCCAGCUUGUACUGACCUCCCUGACACACAGUAUGCCCUCUCGUACUGCAGCCAUCUCGGAGGAAAUAGGUCAUUUCUGUUUGGAUUUUGGCAGUUUUGUGCACAGCUUUGCUUUCCACACUAAUCCAUCUUCCAGUACAUUCCCAUUGCUUAAAGAACAUUUAUUCCAGUGCUGGUUUAUGUUUGUUUGGUUUUUUUUUUUUUUUUUUCCAUCUUUUCUUGCAGCUUCUUAAAGCUGACUGUUCUUGCAGGGGCCAUGUGCUUCUCCUAGAGUACAAAAGUAAGGUCUUUCCUUACUAACUGCAGGGUCUAUAUAUUACACCUCAAUGUACACACUUUGCUGCUACUGUUUGUACUGUCUACAGUAGAAUUUCCUUAUCUUGCUCCUGGUAGUGCAUUACAGGCAAGCAUGAAAUGUAAAGUAUUUAUUUAAAUAAAAACCUCUAAAUUGGUAAUUGAAUUACCUCCCUGUAGCUUUAGAGUUUGUGACAUUUCUUGACCUUGCUAGUUCUUUCAUUAGAUCCAUGCAAGAUCUAGUCAUAUGGUUAAGGAUAUUAAGCAGACACGACUAUGAACCCAAGAAACCGUAUUACUGUUGGUCAUACUUAAACUGUUUAUUUCCUUAAGUAUAUGACCCACAAGGAUGUGAAAUAACUACAAGAAACUGUUUUUGUACACUGUACAUCCUUAGUAUUUUUACACGUAUAUGAUAGGGAUGCACAUUAUUUUCCUUCGUACAGACAGCUUAAAUAAAGCACUAUGUCAAUCUGCUA